ACUUCACUUUUUUUCCGCUGUCGCCGGCCCGCCAAGCAUUCUUGACAAUCCGCUUCAACAACCCUCGGGCAACAACUUCCAAAGCAGUCGGCGAUACGGCAUGUGGCUCACAUAGCCUCUAAAUCAAGAGCGCGACACCAAUUGAUCCUCGACAACGCCGAUCCGAGCCAUGUCGCGGCUCGCGGGCAGGACGCCCAAGGGCCUGGGCCAGACUUUGAGGGCUUCGGCUUCAGUCGGAGCUCGACGGCCGACAUGUCUCGCCCUCGCCCUCGGUACCGUGCCGGCCAUGGCGCGCUACUCGUCGACAGAGAACAACAACUUACCUAGGUCAACCGGACCGUCAUUCAAGGGCCAGCUGACGCACAGCAUCAUGAAGCGGUUAGCCCAGGAAAGGGAGGAUUUGGAACGCCUGGCCAGGACACGGCCCCAAUCGAGCGUGGCGAAGAACUUUACUCUCACUUUUGUCAUCUUCUUCGUCGGUUCCGUCUGCUACUUCCUCGGCACCAAGUACCCGCGCGAUGUCGACCCCAACUCGACCCUACCCUUAAGCGCAACACGACCGCCGAGGCACAAAGUUGCGCCUGCCCAUCUCGAGUCCGCAUGGGCCGACUUUGUCGAAAUCGUGGGCCAGGAGAACGUCAGCACCCUUGAGGACGACAUCGAGCAGCACGCCACGUCGGAGUGGUCCUCACAUCAGUCCGACCCCUCCCACAAGCCCUUCUGCGUCGUCUACCCGUCCACGACCGACGAGGUGUCUCGCAUCAUGAAGGUGUGUCACCUCCGGCAGAUCCCCGUCGUCGGCUACAGCGGGGGCACCAGCCUCGAGGGCCACUACACGCCCACACGGGGCGGCAUCUGCGUCGACUUUAGCCGCAUGAACAAGAUUGUCGCGCUGCACAAGGACGACCUGGACGUGGUGGUGCAGCCGGGCGUCGGGUGGGAGGAGCUCAACGAGCACCUGGCCGAGCACAACCUGUUUUUCCCGCCCGACCCGGGCCCGGGCGCCCGCAUCGGCGGCAUGAUCGGCACGGGCUGCAGCGGGACCAACGCGUACCGCUACGGCACCAUGCGCGAGUGGGUGCUUUCCCUCACCGUCGUGCUCGCCGACGGCACCGUCAUCAAGACGCGGCAGCGCCCGCGCAAGAGCAGCGCCGGCUACGACCUCACCCGCCUCUUCGUCGGGUCCGAGGGCACCCUGGGCCUCGUGACGGAAGCGACGCUCAAGCUGUGCGUCGCCCCCGCGGCCACGUCGGUCGCCGUCGCCAGCUUCCCCUCGGUGCGCCACGCGGCCGAGUGCGUGGCGCGCGUCGUGGCCGACGGCGUCCCCGUCGCCGCCGUCGAGAUUCUCGACGACGACCAGAUGCGCUUCAUUAACGCCGCGGGCGCCACGACGCGGCCCUGGCGCGAGGCCCCGACCAUCUUCUUCAAGUUUGCCGGCACGCCCGCCGGAGUAAAAGAGCAGGUCGACAUUGUGCGUGGGCUGGCCCGCCGCACGGGGGGCCAGUCGUUCGAGUUUGCCCGCGACGACCAGGAGCAGCGCGAGCUGUGGAGCGCCAGGAAGGAGGCGCUCUGGAGCACCAUGAGCCAGCGGCGCCAGGGCGACCACGUCUGGACGGGCGACGUGGCCGUGCCCAUGAGCAGGCUGCCCGACAUUAUUGAGCAGACCAAGAAGGAUCUGAAGAAUUCGGGUCUGACUAGCUCUAUUGUGGGACAUGUUGGGGACGGGAAUUUCCAUAUUAUCCUACUGUACAAUGACGCUGAGCGGAAGCUGGCCGAGGACUGCGUCCACCGCAUGGUGAAGCGGGCGGUGGAGAUGGAAGGGACUGUGACGGGUGAACACGGAGUCGGCCUCGUCAAGCGCGAUUACCUACCCCACGAGCUGGGCGAGAGCACGGUAGAUGCCAUGAGAAAGAUUAAAGCUGCCUUUGACCCACUCUGUCUGCUCAACUGCGACAAGGUUGUCCGUGUGCAGAAGCCUGCCCGCGGGGAGGUGACUGAGUGGUGA